GGUAAUGUGCCAACUCGGGAGAGCAUCCAUAUGUACUACCAGAACCAUAUGAUGAAACUCUCUAAAGAAUCAGGACUGGAUUCAGUUGAUAAAAAUGCUGGUCAAACUUCUGGUUUGCAAGCAUCUGAAAGAAUGGAUAGUUUAGAUUCAGCAGCUUCUCGUGACAGUAUCUCCAGUGAACCUACACAGGUCACCAUGCUCUACUCUCGUCAGGGGACAACAGAAACUAUUGAGGAGGUAGAAGUGGAGCACGAUGAGGAAGGAGCACAUUCUGCAUCAAGGCAGGAGGAAGAAGAGGUAGAAGAUUACAGCUUGGAUUCAGAAGGAGCUGCGUAUACUCCUGAUACUGAUGUGCCAUUGUACUCCACUGUGGAUAGCAAUGCAGAAGCCCCACCUUCCUAUAGCAAAGCUGUCAGCUUUGAACACCUUUCCUUUGGCUCCCAAGAUGACUCAGCUGGUAAGAGUCUCAUGAUGGUGAGCCCAGAUGACAGUCGGACGGACAAACUUAAUGAUACGAUACUCCCUCCACUGACGCAUGAGCUAACGGCCAGUGAGCUGCUUCUGAACAAGAUGUUUCAUGAUGAAGAACUAGAGGAAUCAGAGAAAUUUUAUGUUGGUCAGCCUCGAGUCUUGCUCCUUAUUUAUGCCCUGUACAAUACCCUGGUAGCCCGAUCAGAAAUGGUGUGCUAUUUUGUGAUCAUCCUUAACCACAUGAUCUCUGCCUCCAUGAUAACCUUGGUGCUUCCUAUCCUGAUAUUCCUUUGGGCCAUGCUGUCUGUUCCUAGACCAAGCAAACGUUUCUGGAUGACGGCCAUUGUCUAUACUGAGGUGGCCAUUGUUAUCAAGUACUUCUUCCAGUUUGGCUUCUUUCCAUGGAAUAAAUACGUGGAUUACACAAAAGACAAACCUUACCAUCCACCCAAUAUUAUUGGCAUUGAGAAGAAAGAGGGUUAUGUGCACUAUGAUCUCGUUCAGCUCCUUGCUUUAUUCUUUCACAGAUCCAUUUUAAAGUGCCAUGGAUUAUGGGAUGAAGAUGAGAAAGGGGAGAACUCCAGUAGUAAAGAGGAUACUGAUGAUGAGCUGUCUCUGGCAGGAGGCAGGAGAGAUUCUUCUGGCUCUCUGAAAUCUGUCAAUCUUGCAGCAUCAGUGGAGUCCAUCCACGUCCACUUCCCUGAGCAGCAGACUGCUAUCAGAAGGAAGAGCUCCAGCAGUGGGUCACAGCUUUCACAUAGGUCCAGCUUCUCUUCACACAGAUCUAAAAGAGGAAGCACCAGUACACGAAACAGCAGUCAGAAAGGAAGCAGUGUGUUAAGCAUCAGGCAGAAAUCUAAGAAGGAGCUUAUUAUGGAAAAGUUUCGAGAACAAAUGAUCAAAGCCAAGGCCUUUACUGUCAAAAAAGCUCUCCAAGUGUAUGUGCCCAUCAGACAGUUUUUCUACAAUCUUAUUCAUCCAGACUACAGUGCUGUGACUGAUGUGUAUGUGCUGAUGUUCCUCGCCGAUACAGUGGACUUCAUCAUCAUUGUGUUUGGAUUUUGGGCUUUUGGGAAACACUCUGCAGCAGCAGAUAUCACCUCUUCAUUAUCAGAGGACCAGGUCCCAGAGGCAUUUUUGGUGAUGGUGCUCAUUCAGUUUGGUACCAUGGUGGUAGACCGAGCACUGUACCUCAAAAAGACUGUCAUGGGAAAGGUCAUCUUCCAGGUCAUCCUUGUUUUUGGAAUACAUUUCUGGAUGUUCUUUAUCUUGCCUGGAGUGACAGAAAGGAAAUUUAGCCAGAAUACAGUUGCCCAGCUCUGGUAUUUUGUGAAAUGUGUUUAUUUUGGCUUAUCAGCAUAUCAGAUACGCUGUGGAUAUCCGACUCGUGUUCUUGGCAACUUCCUCACAAAAAGCUAUAACUAUGUGAACCUUUUCUUAUUUCAAGGAUUCCGCCUGGUUCCAUUUUUGACUGAGCUGAGAGCAGUAAUGGACUGGGUUUGGACUGAUACCACUCUCAGUCUUUCCAGCUGGAUCUGUGUGGAAGAUAUCUAUGCUCACAUUUUCAUCCUGAAAUGUUGGCGAGAGUCAGAAAAAAGAUAUCCUCAACCGAGAGGCCAGAAGAAAAAGAAAGUUGUGAAGUAUGGAAUGGGUGGCAUGAUUAUCGUCUUGCUGAUUUGUAUUGUCUGGUUCCCACUGCUCUUCAUGUCUUUAAUCAAAUCUGUUGCAGGCGUCACCAACAAGCCUCUAGAUGUAUCAAUCACAAUAACUCUAGGAGGUUAUCAGCCUAUUUUUACAAUGAGUGCUCAACAGAGCCAGCUCAAGGAUUUGAAUCAGACUGGUUUUAAUGAAUUUCUGAGAAGCUAUAGAGAUAACACUGCUGCUUUGCAGUUUCUAGAGGGCUAUGGAAAGGAAGAUAUAACUCUAGCAGAUCUAGAAGGGAAUUCAAACUCUUUGUGGACCAUCAGCCCUCCCAGUAGAGAGAAAAUGAUACAGGGACUGCUGGAUUUUUCAGCUGAAUUCACUGUAGUUCUGUCAUGGAGCAUUCAAAGAAAUCUUACUCUCGGUGCCAGAGCAGAAAUAGCAUCAGAUAAACUUACCUUUAGCCUACCGGAGAAUACCAGAAGAGAUAUUGCUAAAAUGAUGUCUGGACAGCAAUUGAAAAAGGUAACAUUAGAGAAAGUGUACCCAUACUACAUCAAGGCUCCCAGUGAUUCUCUGGCAAAGCCCAUAAAGCAGCUACUGUCAGAAUGCGGAUGGGAAAACAUUACCGUGUCCCUGGUCAAAAAUGUGUCCGAUGAGGGAGUUCGUGAGUGGUGGGUUUUGAAUCAGCUUGGGAAAAGAUAUAAAACGUCUGAAGAGAGUCUUGAACUCUUUGUAUUCAGUGAUAAAGUCAGUCCUCCAAGCCUUGGAUUCUUGGCUGGCUAUGGCAUCAUGGGACUUUACGCCUCGGUUGUCCUGGUGAUAGGGAAGUUUGUCCGUGAAUUUUUCAGUGGGAUCUCUCACUCCAUUAUGUUUGAGGAGCUGCCCAAUGUAGACCGAAUCUUGAAGUUGUGUACUGACAUUUUCUUAGUGCGAGAGACUGGAGAACUGGAACUGGAAGAAGACCUGUAUGCCAAACUAAUAUUCCUGUAUCGCUCACCAGAGACUAUGAUCAAGUGGACUAGGGAAAAAACUAAUUGAACUCUUUGGUGUUACACUGCAAAUCAAGUUGAUUUCAUCUGAAUUUUAAAGAAAAAAAAAAGCACAAUAUUCUCUUAAGAGCUAAGCCUUUUAUAGUUAGGUAGCAAUGGGUUUUCACUGAUGGAGUCCUGGAAGCUAUGGCAUUAGGAAUCCAUGCUGCCUUUCGAAUUAAGGAUUAACAGUGAAGAAGGUUGGAUGAUAUGCUGUUUUAAAGUGCCACUCCUGUAAAAUCUGAGGACUGCUUUGUAAUUGAAUCAACAUAAAGUUUGCAUCCUUGUCUGGCUAAUUUGAUUUUCCAGGUGAUAAUUACCUUUAAAGAGAAAAGACAAAACAAGGGAGUGAACUCCCAGAUGACUCCAGUGUACCUUCUUCAGCUUUUCUGGAGCCACGCGGUUUGGAUUGUGCAAUAUGCUGUUGUACAUCACUGACUUUCAAGCUACAGUAAUGGGACACUGACUAGCCUUCAGGACACCCAAGACACAAGGCCACAGUGGGAACUGAAGAUGUUCUAGCCAUUCCCAUUUACAGAAAAGCAGAGGUUUUGAUGUACAAAGGACACUGUGGACAAACCUCUGUUAGCAAAAAGAAACCACAUAACAAUCUCUUUAAAUGCCUUAUUUUAUUUGUACAGUCACAGAAGACAUUUCCACCAAACAUCAGUGACUUUUCUCAGGAAAAAAACAACAAACAGCAGAAACUUGACACUGUCAAGGUUAACUAAUGGCUA